CUGCCGUUGGGACGAAGGGUUGCCGCCAGCGAUGACCUGGAGGUUUCCGCGUACCUCGAGAUUGCCCAGGGGAUUGAGGCGGAGGCGCCCGGCUCCAGCAGGCAGGUCAACGAAGGCAUCGCCGUCAUCGACUUCGGCUCCCAGUACAGCCAUCUCAUCGCCCGCCGCGUCCGGGAACUGAAGGUCUACUCGGAAAUCGCCAACCCGUCGGACACUUGGGAAAAGGCGCUGGUGCACCAGCUGGGAGGCACGGUGACGCGGGGCACCAAGCAGGAGUUCGGCCACGCGACCCUGCACCAGGACAGCCCUUCGGCGGGCUGGGGCCUGCCGGGUGGGAGACCACCGCUGUUCCACGAACUGCCGCCGUCGUUCCAGGUCUGGAUGAGCCACGGAGACCGGGUAGAGAUGCUGCCUGCCGGUUUCUCCAGCUUGGCCUUCACCGAAAACUCGCCGGUUGCAGCCAUCGGCAACGGGCGGGACAUGUUUGGGCUGCAGUUCCAUCCCGAGGUCAACCACACGCCCCUCGGUACCGAGAUCCUGGAGAACUUCCUGUUCCGCAUCUGCGGCUGUGAGGGUUCCUGGACUCCCGGCAACGUGGCCUCCGACGCCAUCGCCCGGAUCCGUGAGCAGGUCGGCGACGGCAGCGUCAUCUGCGCACUCUCCGGCGGCGUUGACUCCGCAGUUACCGCGGCCCUGCUCCACCGGGCCAUCGGCGACCAGCUCACCUGCAUCUUCGUCAACAACGGCCUGCUGCGACUGGAGGAAGCCGAGCGCGUCCAGGCCACCUUCCGACGCGGGAUGGGACUCAACCUGUCCUACGUCGACGCCUCUGAGCGCUUCGUUACCCGGCUGGCGGGAGUAACCGAUCCCGAGACCAAGCGAAAGGUCAUAGGCGAAGAAUUCAUCCGCGUAUUUGAGGAAGCGGCAACCGGCCUUGGUGAGGUUGAGUUCCUCGCCCAAGGCACCCUCUAUCCCGACGUGAUCGAGAGCGAGGCGCCGGCCAACGCGCCGGCCGGGUCGGCCCUCUCCGCUCGCAUAAAGACUCACCACAACGUGGGCGGGCUGCCGGAAAACAUGAAGCUCCAGCUUGUGGAGCCGCUGCGCUACCUGUUCAAGGACGAGGUCCGCGACGUUGGUCUCGAACUCGGUCUGCCGCCCGACAUGGUCUACCGCCAGCCCUUCCCGGGGCCGGGCCUCGCCAUACGCGUCAUCGGUGAGGUCACCCUGGAAAAGCUGGAAAUGCUGCGGGCCUGCGACUGGAUCGUCAUAGACGAGAUCAAGGGAGCCGACCUGUAUGACCGCGUCUGGCAGAGCUUCGCCGUGCUCAGCGACAGCCGCACCGUCGGUGUGCAGGGCGACUACCGCACCUACGGCUACGUCUGCGCCAUUCGAUGCGUUACCAGCGAGGACGCCAUGACCGCCGACUGGGUGCGCCUACCUUACGAGGUUCUGGCCCGCAUCUCCAGCCGAAUUGUUAACGAGGUUCCCGGGGUCAACCGCGUGGUCUACGACAUCACCAGCAAACCUCCCGGUACCAUCGAAUGGGAGUAG